AUGCCGUAUGUAACUUUGCCCGUAUCUCAUCAAAAUGUUACACUCUACUAUGAAGUACAUGGAUCGGGCCCAAUCAAAAUCCUGUUUAUCAUGGGUUUGUGGACUGAAGGGCGGUCUUGGAAAUAUCAAACUGAUUAUUUUUCUACGCAAUCGUAUUAUCAGUGUGUGACUUAUGAUAAUCGUGGCUGUGGUCGAUCAUCGGCACCGAAAACACUCGAAUAUACAACCACUCAAAUGGCCAAAGAUGCUCUGACAUUAAUUGAACAUUUGCAUUGGAAUCAAUGUCAUGUUGUGGGCUUUUCCCUUGGAGGCAUGAUUGCACAGGAGCUGGCCCUACUAGCACCUCGAAAAAUACUAUCACUCACUCUUAUAGCUACGCAUGCGGGCGGCCUCAUCAGUCGACCACCGUUUGCUGCUCUUCGUUUUUUUCUACAAUGGUUUCUAAUCCGCAACAAAGAUCAACUUGUUAAAAAUAUGCUUCGUGUAUUUUAUGGUAAAAAGACAUUAAACGAUCCUGAGAAACGACAGCAAUUCUACAAUGAUUGGUGGGAGAAAAUGGAAAUUCGAGUUCCAUUGUCCGUAAUUGGAGCUUUUGGUCAAAUAUUAGCCGUUCAACGACAUUACAUAAGUUAUUCUGAGCUAUUAAAACUUCGAUAUUCAAAUAUACCGUGUACGAUUAUGGUGGGAGCCGAAGAUCAAAUCAUUCACAAAGUGAAUUCUUAUAUGCUACAAACGAUACUGGGAUGUAAACUCGUUAAAUUCGAGCUUGCAGGACACGACUUGAUCAGUGAACAUGCUCAAGAAAUUAAUAGAGAACUGUUGGAAUUGUGUGAAUCAAACUUUGCUAAAAACUACUCAUCACACAUGCCAAUGAAGUAUGAAGUAGAAGUUCAAACGCUCAAACUAUGUUGUCAACAUCGAAUCCAUUGCUUUACCUAUAGUUGCAUUGGUUUUUCUAAGGGUUUACUUAUCGGGCUAAUACUUUAUUUUGGUUUGAUCCAAAACUUGACAGUGAGUGAACAAAUGAAUGCUAAACUGUUCACUCACUGUGUGAUGUUUAUUGGGUGUCUAAGUGGCCUCCAUCGAACCGUUUCAUGCAUCUUCAAUGCAUUUCAAGCACGAAGAUUUGCUCAAAGACACCAAGUAUUCCUCGGUCCAGCUGCCUCUUCUCAUAUCAAAAAUGCUCUACUCAAUGAAUGCGGUUUGGAGUUUCCUACACUGUCAAUCAUCUGCUUUACCUCCUUCCUCAGCCUUCUCUGGUGGACGAAACUAUAUGCUUAA